AUGCUUAAGAAGGAAUUCCACAAGGUAUAUAAUGUACACGCCAGACAUGGUCGUGUUUCUAUACAGACAAAGAUUUUAUUGUGCACACUGGCAUUAGCGAUACUUAUGCUGGUAUUGGAGCUGUCAAUGCUAUUAGAAAAUGGCAUUAUGUCUUUCGGUUCUCAACUUGAGAUCUUGCCAAGUGAUGGGGAAAGCGUUUAUAAUGACAAAAGUAUGGAAUCUCAGUGGGCUGAUGAAGUGGACAAGGCUGAUCUUGUGCAUUUGAGUCUAUUGCAUGAAGCUUGUUUAACUUAUAAGAAUAGUGUCAUCCCGUGGACCUAUGGGGUCAAUGGUGACGUUGGAAAUUCAAGUGUUUUGAUUCACAAAGACGACCCUUAUCUGCUUGAAAAGAUGCGUCAAUGCCCAGAUGUGGAUAUCUUUUUACCUUUAGGCAUACGAGGGCAUGGAUAUUGCGAAGAUUCGAUUGCGUAUACAAAGUAUUUAGAGUCACGGAUGCUUUCAGCUUGGGCUAUCGAAAUGAAGUAUAUGAAUAAGACGACGGGUGAAGUAUUUUCAUAUCAUGAUUUGUGUCCGAGGACCCCGAUGAUAUUCUUAAAUCACUACUGGGAUGGCAUUCCAGACUCACCAGAUUGGCCAAAGACAAAAUCGUUGUAUCUGAUGCCAAAUAUUGAAAUGUAUGAGCUUCGACCGGAACAUUAUUGGGCAGUUGAUAUUGUGCUUUGCAAAACAGCCAUUUGUGCUCGUCGAGUAACGAAAUGGUAUCAACAGGAAGGUAAUCCACGUCAGACUAAAGUGUUAUAUACUAGACACACAUCAUCCGAUGUUGCGACAUUGGCGAAAACACGACUUGGAGAGGAUUCAAUUAAACCGAAGAAUUGGUCGGAUGUUCAGUUCAUUCAUGCUGUUGGAACGAGUGUUCAAAAAGGAACGAGAUCUGUGCUUGAUUGUUGGGUUAAUCGUCCAGAAUUUCCACCACUGCAUGUCUAUAUGCACGAAGACGUUUAUGAGGGCAAUUUAAAAAAGCAUUAUGAGAGCAAAAUUCGAGAAAGUCAAGUCUCAUUACAUGUAGGUCGUGCUGGUGCUGAUGAUUUUGGAAAAAUAAUUGCCGAGUCGGCUUUCUUUGUGUGCACAAGCCUGCAGGAAGGCUAUGGUCACUACAUCAAUCAAGCACGAGCAAGUGGUGCAGUCAUUGUAUCGACUGACUUACCGCCUAUGAACGAGUUCUUAACUCCAGAGUCUGGUGUGCUCAUUCCAGUUGAGCGCUGGGCUUUUAAAGAGCAAAUGCUUGGUGGAAAGUACAAGGAGGAGCAUGGUCUUAAAAAUGUUCAAGGGUUUACAGCCAUUUUGAAAGGCUCUGGAGUAUGUGAGGCUGUGGAAAGGGUACUUGCAAUGACUCCUAUCGAGCGGGAGGCUAUGGCAACUCGAGCAAAACAACAAUAUUUUAUCGAUUUGAAUUUUUUUGCUUCUAAAAUGAAGGAACUGCGGGACAUUGCACGUGCUGGUAAUAAGCCUAUGCUUCGUUCAUCAAAGAAAAGCAAUGAAGCGUAA